AUAUCAAACCAGAUAACUUUUUAAUGGGAAUCGGUAAACGGGGUAAUCAAGUGAAUGUAAUCGAUUUUGGUUUGGCCAAAAAAUAUCGUGAUCCAAAGACACACUUACAUAUUCCUUAUAGAGAAAAUAAGAAUUUAACAGGAACGGCUAGAUAUGCAAGUAUUAACACUCAUCUAGGUGUCGAACAAUCUCGACGUGAUGAUCUUGAAUCACUGGGUUACGUUAUGAUGUAUUUCUGUCGUGGAUCACUUCCAUGGCAAGGACUUAAAGCAGCAACAAAGAAACAAAAAUAUGAUCGCAUCAUGGAAAAAAAAAUGACCACGCCCACAGAACUUCUUUGUCGUGCAUUCCCCAAUGAAUUUGCCAUCUAUUUGAAUUAUACUCGAUCCCUUCGAUUUGAUGAUAAACCUGAUUAUAGUUAUUUGAGAAAAUUAUUUAGAGAUUUAUUUGUUCGUGAAGGAUUUCAAUACGAUUAUGUCUUUGAUUGGACGAUUUUCAAAUAC